AUGUCUGGCUCGACGCCCACUAAAAGACUUCAGUUGAAGACGUCUGACUUGACGGACUUUUUCCGUGGUUCUUCCAGCGGUCCUAGCAGCACACCCAGCACAGGCAGCAGUAGUGAACCCCCAUUACCAGUCCCUGAGGUCAACCGUCUCUCAUCUUCCUCGGCCUCCCCUUCGAAAAAAAGAUCUUCAAGGAUUCCAUUCAUUGGAAGGUCAAGGAAAAAGUCUAUUCACUCAGACGCAGAUGUUGACACCUCAUUGUCGGACGCCACCAAAGAGAGUAGAGCGUCUGUCGCGACAGCGGGGUCUAACUAUAGAUCGGCGCCAGAACAACACAGUACCUCACUCCCGCAUGCCUCCACAUCACAGCAAUCCCUGAAAACUGCUGCAACCUCCACCAGUUUUGGAUCGAAGAUUGCUGCACAUUUUGUUCCCUCUAAGGGUGGCCUACGUCUGCAGAGCCGCAAAUCUCAGCGUUCUGCAAAAAAGUCGCAUGAAGAACUGUCUGACUAUACGUCGGACAGUUUGGUUCCUCCGAGCUUGGGAGCUCGGUCUCCGUCCAUUGAGUCAAAUAUCUCUCGCAUUAGUCGCUCGACCACUCCACGGGCCAGUCAAGCUCAGGAGGAACUUCGUCCACAACCAACUAUCACUGUUUCCCGUCCUCCUGUCGAUGAUCUCGAUAACAUGGAAGAAUAUAAUGAUCUUUUUACCAAGCCACGGCAUAUAGUGAAGUCUGUGCCGAUAGACACUGGGUCGAUGGGAACAUAUCUUUCCCGUUCCUCUCUGCACAACGAUACUUCUCCACUCUCUCCUACCCCUCACACAAUUUCGAUGCUCGCGCACGCGCCCGCCUCUUCUGCCAUACCUACUCAGACCGCUGAUGAUACCACGGCUAGUUCCAUUCGUCGAAAAGGGUCGAAGGUACAAAAGCUUUCUAGAAGCUUAGCGGGUGAUUCCGAUCGCGCGUCUUUCAGCGGAACUUCAGUUUCCUCUUUCAGCGCACUGCCUUCUAGGCGGAAUGCGAACUCCGACCUGCAGCAGGGCAUCGAUAUUGACACAGCAGAUGAGUCAGAGGCCAUGUCAAUAAGGUCGGCGAUGUCUAUGCCAGUUUCAUUCAGAAGCGUCACGGCCUUGGAUAAGCACCGCUCUCUGAUUUCUUCGCACUCUGUCCGAAGUACAACAAAAUCGAAGAGCUCCAGAAUCACACUACCAUCCAAACCUCCAUCUAUACCACUUCCUGCCACUCCUUCAUCAGAUGAAAUCUCAUCGCUUUCACAAACGCAGGCUUUUCGACAGCGCGCACAUACUAUUGCUUCCAGCCGCAACUCAUCAGUCCCAGAACGAUCUUCUGGCUCCUCGAGAGCUAAUUCAACUUUGAAACAAAACACCACUACAGUCAAAGCUCUCGGAAAGUCGUCGUCACUUUCCAGAGAUUCUACUAUUCAAACCCAUGGUACAGACAGAAAUUCCUCCUCUUCCUCCUCAGCUUCUUCCACGCCAACUCCAACUAAAACUUUCCCUAACUUGAAAAUGCUGCAGAUCGAUGUCGACACUGCCUCGAUUGAAGAGCUCCGCAAAGCUCUCCGGUAUCGCAAUCAGCAGUUUGAAGAACUUUCUGGUUGUCUUCUCCGAAUGACAGAGACGCAUGCCACCGAAAAGAGAGCAUGGGAGGGAAAAGUAGCAGAGCUGGAAAGGGAAGGUAUAAGAAGAGAUAAAGAGAUCCAGGGACUUGCCUGGCUGGUGAAAAAUACCCCCGCGCAUAAUACUUCUUCAAGCGAUACUAAAACGAAUACCUCACUCCAGUCCGGCUCUCGAACUCCAAGUCUUCUGGAAAUGGAAAAAGAGCGAAGCGACGAUUCAUCUGUACGAAGCAGCAUACCCACUCCUUCUUCAUCUGUGAGGCUCCCCAUAAAUAGGCUUCUUCAGAGCGAGGAUUCAGAAUCCUAUCCUACUUCUACUUCAGAAUGGGGCUCAGGCACAUCGGGGGCUGAAGACGAGACACAGAUGGCUACAAUCAGGCCAAAACGGACCAUGAGGAAGUUGAAAUUAGUGGAAAGUGUGAACAAAUCAUUACCUGCCGCGCGCUUGAUGUCUCCCAGACAACCAGGAUCUGGGGCAGGAAUGGAUGCAUCAGGGCAUGCCUUUGAUACUUCAUAUCCACGUAAACGCUCGUCGGCGUCGUCUUCUUUCACUGUCGCUUCCUCUUCCUCGAUUUCACCCAAUCAGAGUCCAACUUCGAUUACUUUCCCUCCUUUGCAAAUAUUAAAUCCAAUUCCCGAAUCUCGUCUUGUCAGCGAUUCGAAGGAAAGUCAUGUUACGUUCUCUUUGGACAAGGAAGAUCACAAGCGAGAGCGAAAGUUAUCGAAAUCUUCGUUUAAACCCACCGGGCAACCUUCUACCUUCAGUAAAUCAACUUUGAGCAGUUCGAUACCUUCGGUAACGCCGGGAUCUAGAUUGACUCCGUCGGAGGCAUAUAUCCGAAAUUUGAAAAAAGGUCGACCUCCUUCGAUUGCUCAGAUCCUAGACCAAAACGAAGAAGCAGAUCAAUCUACGACGGGCAAUAUCGAGGAGUCGUACGGGGGUCGUUCAAGGGCACUAUUGGCAGGGAUUGACCCUGUCAAAAAAUAA